AUGAAACGGAAUGCCAAUAACGUAGUCGUAGGUUUCGUCUCGGGACUCAACAUCUCCCUUUGUGAAGAAGGAUCAGCGCUUGGAUCGGUAGGUGGAGAGUUGACUGUAGUCCGGUAGCUUCUUGGCAUUUUGGCUUGGCUUCUACUCGACGGGCUAGGGGAUUGCGGUCUUCAAGCACGCCACGAAAAACGUAAGGCAAAAUUGGAAAUAGAGAUUUCGAGCUGCGCCCAAUAUUUUUGAUUUUUUUGAAAGAAUGAAUAUUGUGUUAGAUGCUAUUGUAACUCUGCGAUUUGGAAUAAUUUAGGGAUGAAUAGUAUGUCAAAAAUUACGUUGUUCUCAGUUUCAAGUGUUGAAUAUAAUGGAUGAGUCCAUGGAGCCCGGCCCAUCGCGCUGUGACCCAAACAUUGAUCUUCCAUCUACCGACGUGCCUCCAGAAAAUGUAAGAUUUCUCUUUCGUUUGGGUUCUUUAGUGGUACGUUGGGGGAUGGAUAUUGUGUGGAACAUCCUAGCGGACGUUGUAAAAAAGAAAUCUGGAAAUUUGACAGUUGAAAAGGGCACUUGUCGGUUCAUUAUUGCAUCAUGUUGCAGGAACUGAAGGAGAUACGCAAGAAAGGACUGGAGAAGGCGUGA